AUGCAGCAUUUAAACCCCAACGUCCAGCACAUGUUCCCCCAGCAGCCCGUGACCCAGAUGAACUAUGCAGCCGCACAACAGCACAUGCAACAACAGCGCCUCCAGGCACUGCAACAGCAGCAGAGACAGAUGAUGGCGCAGCAGAUGUACGGCAACAUGCCAGGAGGUAUGCAGAUGAUGGGCAACAUGCAGAUCAAUCCCGCGCAGAUGGCACAGUUCCAAGCGAUGCAGCAGAGGCAGAUGGCAGCUCGUCAGCAGCAGGCGCCAAACCCACAACAACAGGCCCUUCUGGCGGCGCAACAGCAGCAGCUGAUACAGGCACAACACCAUCAACAACAGCAGGCGGCAAACCAGCAGAUGGCUCAGGGGCAACACCCGAAUCAGCCCGGUCAGAUGAACACCCAGCAGAUCAAUCUCGCCCAACUCCAGGCAAUGCACCAGGCCCAGCAGGCCCAGCAGCAGCAGGCUCAACAGCAGCAGCAGCAGCAGCAGGCCCAGCAGCAACAGCAGCAACAGGCUCAGCAGCAGCAGCAGCAGCAACAACAAGCCCAGCAGCAGCAACAACAAGCCCAGCAACAGCAACAGCAGCAGCAGCAGCAGCAGCAGCAAGCCGCCCAGCAGCAGGCUUCUCACCAAACUCCUCCUCAGCAGCAGCCACAACAGCCGCAAGCCCAGCCUGGGCCACCGCAGCCAACACCUCAGCAGCAGAUGGGACAGGGCGGACCUGCGCAAGCUAACGGCCCUCAGCCAAACCAGGGCCAGCCACAAGGUCCGAACCAGGCCCAGCCGAGCCAGCAGCAGCCUUCGCAGCCUCCGCAGCCAGCCCAGCAGCCGCCUCAGGCGCAAGCUCAACCAAACCAGCCACAGGCCGCACAGCUGGUCGCUGCGCAACACCAGGCUAGUAUGAUGGCUCAGGCGCAGAAGCGCGAGGGUAUGAAAGGGCACUGUUUGCUUCGGCUUAUGAACUUCCAAGAGCAUCUUAGUGGCUACUCAUCCCAAGCCAAAGAUAAAGACAUUGCACACUGGCAAGAAUUUGUGCAUCGUUUCUUUUCUCCUAGGGGUAUGUACCGAACCAAUGUCCGCAACAAAGCGGACACGGAGGCUUCAGGCGACAAGCAGAUAGAGAUGAACUACCCGGCUAUCCCGCACUACUUCCAGGCCAGCGGUGCGUCCAAGAUAGAAUUGCAGCUCGGCCAGGGGACGACAGACAAGCCGUUGCCGGGUGACUGCCAUUUCAUCGAGAACAGCAACGCCAGUGUCACAAUGUGGUUCGAGACAUCACACGUGGUACACAUUGGCAACCUCCGUCUCCAGUUUGACGCCGAGUCGAAAAUCGAUCUGUUCGAGUUUGUGUCGACAGAUCAUGACGAGUAUGUCUCGAGGACUGUGGUUGUUGAUGGCGCGAAGCCCAAUCACCAGUGGAUCAAGGAGUGGCGCACGGUCAACUCGGAAAACUCACAAGCGUCCCCUGAAAUGAGCAAGAAGAGCAAGCCCCGACCGAAGAAAAGCCCUCAGAAUCCGCCCCCAGACCUCGACAUCCCCCAUUCCGCCGUCAAGCACGGUGUAGGGAUCACGGAGCAGCAAUUUCAAUUCCUAGAGAUUGUCGAGGUCAUGGGCACGAUGAACCCCCUAUUCCAAGCCGCCCAUCAGCAUCCGACUAUGAGCGCCUACCAGGUCUUGGACGAUUAUGUUUCAAACCAGAUCCCCCAGCCUGGUGCACCGGCCAUGAACGGUCAGGUCAUGCCAAGCGGUCCGCGGACCCCAAGUUUCGGCCAGUUCCCAAUGGGCGCGAGCCCUCACGCCGCGCAUCUCCAGCUGCCAGGCUCACCGCAUGUUGGCAGCCCGGCAGCGGGUGCAAUGCAGGCACCCGCCAUGGCAAUGCAGCACAGCCAGCAGGGGAGCAGCUCAAACGCUAGCGCCACCACGUCACCAGCCGGUCAGAAGAGGAGACGCCCCUCCGGUGUAAAGGUUGAGGAAGACGCCCCCGGAAAUGCGCCCACGCCAUCAGCUGCCGGUGGCGUUCCGCAGGUCAACGGAGUUGCCGGCAACAAGACGAAGCCCCCGACGCCCAGGAUGCAGAAGAGGAUGAAAGGCAACCCAGCAUAG